AUGGCAAGCUCGCUAGACGAUGGCCUCCCGAGCGAUACGGAGCCCAUGACAAUCGAGACAGCCCCGCCGAGCAAGCCGAAACCGAAGCAGAAAGCGAAGGCUGCCAGGGAGACGGGAAAGCGCAAAGUGUGCACAGAGACUAAAGGAGACAAGUCCAAGAAGAAAGAGAAGAAGGAUUCCAGACCCUCCAUGAACGAAUGCUGUGAUGAGCAUGUCGGACAGCCUGUUCUGCCCCACAGUGAUCUCGUGCCUGACGAAAUGGCAAUGGUUUCCGGAGAUUUGUCCGGCUGCGACCUUCUCUGGGAGAUCUACAGCCCACCCCGCCUCAUCAAUAUCCUCAGUGACAAAGGCUACAGUCACAGUCGAGCUUAUGACUUGAAGACCGGAUGGAACCUCUUGUUGGAGAGCGAGCAGAGGAGCUUGGUGCAGGACCAGUACAAGCAUCGCCCCUUCUUUGUUCAUGCAUGUCCUCCUUGCACACACUUGUCCUCGCUCAGUAACUCCAAUUGGACACGUGGCGAUUUCGAGAAGAGGCUGCGUGACCUGAAGGAAGGACUUCAUCAUGUGGAUGUCAGUUCAUGGGUGGCCGAGAUCCAGAAGGAGACAGGUGGGUUCUACUCCCUAGAGCACCCUUCGGUGUCGCAGAUGUGGCGGCGACCUUGUGUAACCCGGCAAGUGAAAGUUGAAUGCUAG